AUGUCCCAGGGGUCCUCGCAGCAAUGGGGGUCACCCAAAUGCCCAAAUGAACAGGACGGUCUUUGCCAGAUGUUGAAACUCCAAGACAGACAGCUAGGUGGGCCUCCCCCUCUCAUCUCAGCACCUGGGCUGGGCAGAUCUGCUCUCUCAGACACUGUAAGGAACAUUUCUGCUUCCGGCCACGGCCCACGCUCUUCUCCGGCGGAACUGAGUAGUUCCAACCACCGCCUGCUGCGGGAACGGAAGUCAUCAGCUCCUUCGCACUCCAGCCAGCCCAGUCUCUUCACAUUCGAUUCACCCACCAACCAUAUCCGGACAACCCUUUCCACCAGCGCCCCGCAAGACUAUCUCUUCCUACAUCAGUGCAUGAGCAGGAAGUCAGAAACCAGGAGUGCGAGUUUCUCUCAAGCCACGAGGUCCUCUUUCUUCAUGAGGAGUGACCCUUCUGUUCAGAAGCUGUCUCAGGGGAACGGCCACUGCAUGAACGGCGUGGGCGGACAGGUCCAUGGCUUCUACAGCUUACCUAAGCCAUGCAGGCACAAUUCGGAGCUCCGGGACAGUGCCUACGACCUCCCCAGGAGCUUUGGAUGCUACACCCACACCAAAUCGAGCCUCACGGGCUCCGAAACAGACAGCGAGGACGUCUAUACCUUUAAGACGCCCAAUAAUACGCUUUGCAAAGACUUCGGAGAGCUGUCUACGGAUUCGUAUGAUGUCCCCGGUACCCCCUUGUCGAUUUAUCAGAUCCCGAGAACAUUCACAUUGGACAAGAACCACAACGCCCUGGCGGUGGCUGCCAACGAAACACCUGCUGCUCCUCCUCCUCGGCCUCCCAAGCCAGGGCAGGCAGACACACGGUGGGGCAGCCCUCAACAGCGACUGCUGGAUGGCGAAGGCCUCGGCGUGGGCUCCGUGGCUGCCACCAUUCCCCGGAGAAACACACUUCCGGCAAUGGAGAACUGCAGGCUGCAUCGAGCUUCCUCCUGCGAGACUUACGAAUAUCCCCAGCACGGCAAAAGAAGCACGGGCCAGUCAGCGGAAUCUGUGAACGUCGGUCUCAGCUCGUACCUGGAGAGAUCAAAUGAAGUCCUAGUGAUGCCGUCUGACCCCACCCCGGGGGUCUUCUAA